UCCCCUGCGCCGCGCCGUAGCCCGCAGCCGCCGCCCCCGGGUCGCGAUGGCGGACGUGUCGGAGCGGACGCUGCAAGUCUCCGUGCUGGUGGCCUUCGCCUCCGGAGUGCUCCUGGGCUGGCAGGCGAACCGGCUCCGCAGGCGCUACCUGGACUGGAGGAAGCGGCGGCUGCAGGACAAGCUGGCGACCACGCAGAAGAAGCUGGACCUGGCCUGACCGGGGACGGGGCGGGCGGCGGGCGCGAGCCCCAGACCACGUGGGCCGGGCCCGGGCCGGCGCCUCGGCCCCGCC